GCGGUGUGUGGCGGCCAUGGCGGCCACGGUGUUGCGGGUGAAGCGGAAGCGCGGUGCGGAACCGGCCGAGGCGCUGCUCUUGGCCUGUAAGCGGCUGCGGCCCGGGGGGGCGGGGGGGGCGGCCGGGGACGGCCCCCACAGCCCCGGGGCCCGGGAGCAGGUCCAGCGGGCGCUCUUCAAACUGGCGGCCACCGUCAGCUCCCAGGAUGAUCCUGUUCAGAAGCACGUGAGAGAGGCUCUCUCUAAAGACAGGGCCUUACAGUCCCUCAAACCUUCUGCGACCAGUGGACAGCGUAUUCAGACAGAUGUGCGAUCAUCUCACCGGGCAGCCAGCCAGGACAGUCGCUACAAAGUCAUAGCGAGACACCGAAAAAACAUUUCCACAGAAGGAGAGACGUUCGAACCUCAAUCAGGAGACACGAAGGACACUCACCAUCCAGCAACAGAAUCUUCCACAACCCCGACUGAAUCGGAGAAAGAACCAACAGACAAGUGCAAGGAAGGAGAUGCAGUUGCUGGAGACAGUAAGGGUGGCAAUGAGCGUGUGGAAGAUAUCCAGGUAUUUGACGUGAUCAAGGAUGAUGAGCAGCUUGAAAAAGCAGCAGGAGAUCCAGAAAACACCAGCUCCAAGGAUCCUGAGCCAGGACUGGACGAUAUUGAUGUGAUUUUAUGUAACUCGGUGAAGAUGAUUCGGGAAAAGCUUACAGUGUCAGAUUCUGGUGAAGGGGCAGACCACCGUGAGAGCGCAGAGGAGUACGUUUACGACAUAUAUUACACUGACAGUUUUGUCAUUGGAGAAUGCAUGCAGAGUAUCAUCUCACUGGUGCCUUAUUACGAGGAGAAUGAGCUGGUGGGUGAGGAGAUGGUUCAAGAUGAAGCCUAUGAUGAUGAAGAUGAUGAGAAUGAGGAGAGCAAUUGGCGGAAUGAUUACCCCGACGAAGAUGAGUUUGACAAUGAAGAUUAUUGGGACAGUGAAAAGGACGAGGAGGGAGAAGAUGACUGCGAGUUGGAUGUUGCCGCUCAGAUGAAUUGACCGGAUUCUGUUUAUGAAAUGUUUUGUGAGAUUCUCACUUCAUUAAGAAUAUUAACGAUCUUUUGCGGUAAAAAUGACACAUUCUGCCGCCGUGCGUUUCAGAAAUGAGGAUCUCACACCUUGUGUAAGGAAUAGGAAGGGGAUGAUUGGGAGAGAAGAUCUUCUUGUUAAUGAUAUGAAAUAGGCUGUGUCAGGUCGUCACCUCCAGACAGAAAAGGUUUGACAAGGGUCGCACUUCGGGAGGAUCCAGCUUUGAUCCUCGCACUAGUUUGGAUAAUUCUGGCAUCUUCACUUUAUUUAUCAGUGAGUUAUAAGGGGGUUUAAAAUGUGUUCCAAUAACAGCUUGUUUGCUUCUCGUAUAACAUCUGAAGAUGAUACUUUUAAUGUCAUGUUUACCUCAACUUCUCAAGGAAUGAACAAUUAACUGCUUUUUCUGUUACUGCCCAAUUCACUGUGACUGAAACCAGAACAAUAUCGUGCACAGUAUUUUUUAUAAAUGAAUGACCAUUAAAAAUGACGAGAACUUCCAGAGUUAA